AAUGGGGGAAAAUCCCGAAUGAGAACACGCCUUCUUGUGUACAUUCCCAAUGUUUUGCUAUAAGUAGGGCUGCUGCUGGAUGCUGGAGCAGAACACUGACAGGGCACGGGGUACCCAGCACUGAGCACUUAGCCCUGAGCAGAUCAGUCCUGAAGCUGAGAAUGCCCUGCAUUGGCAAGAGCCUGCUCAUCCUUGCCUUGUCAGGGAUGCUGCUAGCUCACUUCUAUGGCCAGUCAGAAGCAGCAAGCAACUUUGACUGCUGCCUUCGGUACACAAAAGGCAUUAUCCCACACAAAGCUAUUGUGGGUUUCACAGAACAGCUGGCUGAUGAAGCUUGUGACAUUGAUGCUAUCAUCUUUUACACAAAAAGGAAGUAUUCUGUGUGUGCUGAUCCAAAGCAGGAGUGGGUGAAAAGGGCUGUGCACCAUCUCAGGCUAAAAGUUAAGAAGAUGUAAAAAUCAGAUGCUUUUCUGGAAUAGAAUUGGACAGAGUCCAAAGACAAAAUGCUCUCAAGCUGGGGUUAGAAGCUUCACCUGCAUGUCAUUGCACAGACCUGAUUUGUGUCUCACUGGAUUUGUCCAAUGGAUGAAGUUGAUUCAUAUUGCAUCACAGUGUGUCUUGUUUAAGCUCAUGUUAGAGUUCAGUUGUAUUUUAUGUUAUUUAUAGAUCUGGAUUUUCUAUGUUUAGCUAUUUAAUGUUAAUUUCCCACAAGCAGUGGUAGGGCUUAGUAUACGGUAUAACAUUACAUUUAAGGGAAUAAGAUUAUGUGGACCUUCCUGUAGGCAAUAAGCUAUUGUAAAAAUAUUUAAUUUCCUUUGGUGUACUUAAUUCUCUCUUAAAUGGAUUCAAUUACC